AUUUUUUUUUUUGAAAAAGACCAAAACAUAUUUUUUUGAAAGGCCUUUUUAUUUCAACUCCCACCACUCGGCCAAAACCCUAAACCAUUUUUGAUCUUCAAAUCAUUCUCCCAUGGCUGCCUCCUCCACUGUCCGCAGCGUACCUAAGCACCAAGUGUUCCUUAAUUUCCGUGGGGAACUUCGUUAUCAGUUCAUCAGCCAUCUAGCUAAGGCCUUGACAGAUAAAAAUAUCCAGAUCUUCAUUGAUGAGGAUGCGGAGAAAGACCAACCUCUAAGUAAUCUUUUCAAGGAGAUCGAAAAGUCGAGAAUCGCACUGGCUGUCUUUUCCAAAUUGUACACAGAGUCAAAUUGGUGCUUGGACGAGCUAGAAAGAAUAAAAGAACGCACGAAAGCCGGCGAGCUCAAGACCAUUCCCAUCUUCUACAACGUGGACCCUAAAACCGUUAGGUAUCAGACGGGAGAAUUUGGCGAUGCCCUCAGGAAAAAUGAAAAGAGAGGUGUUACUGAUGAUAAAAUGGAAAAUUGGAAAGAGGCUCUGGCGUAUGUUAGCAACCUUUUGGGCUUCGAAUUUGACGGAAAAAGCAACGAGAACACGUUCAUAAAUAAAAUCGUCAACGAGGUUUUGCAAGCGCUGAACAAAAUUCCGUUAGAAGAAAGCACACAUGGAACAUGCGUGGAACAUGCACAAAACACCAGAGGAGAAGAACAAGAAGAAGAGGAGGAGGCAGGUCAGAUUUGUGGGCUCAAACAACGCCUGGAGGAACUGGAAGAAACAGUAGACAUUCAUGGUGUGGAGACUCGUAUUGUCCAAGUUGUUGGGAUGCCAGGCAUUGGUAAAACCACUCUCUUGAAAGCGUUCUACAAUGAGUGGUACAGCAGGUUCUUCAGACGCGUCUUACUCCAAAAUAUAAGCGGCAUUGUAAAGCAAUGGGGAUUGGAACGCUUGCCCGUGAUGCUCCUCAGGGAGUUGCUUGGUAAUGACGACAUAGAAGAUGAUGGGACAUACGAAGAAUACAAGGAAAAACUAUGUAAAGAAAAAGUUUUCAUUGUUCUUGAUGGGACAAGUGACGAGACGCAUAUACAAGUUAUUUUUGAGAGUCUUCGUGAAUGGAUCAAGAAAGGUAGCAAGAUUGUGAUUGCAACACGCGCAGUGUCUCGUGAUCUGGUUCCUGGGGAUGAUUCCAUGAUCCUUCAUACUUAUUUUGUACCGCUCUUGUGCUACCGAGAUGGGUUAAAACACUUUAAUCGCUAUGCAUUUGAUCACCAAAACAAACACGACAGGGAAGCUUUCACGAAGGUGUCUAAAGAGGUUGUGCGUUACGCGAGAGGCCACCCACAAGUUCUCAAGAUAUUGGGUGAAGAGCUUCGUGGCAAACCCUUGCCUUACUGGAUAGAAAAACUAGAUUCACUUCCGCAAAAGCUCAGCCCUAGUAUUCGAGACCGUGUCUUGCAAGUAACUUAUGAUGAACUGAGUCAAGAGCAGAAGGAUGCGUUUCUUGACAUAGCUUUUUUCAGAUCCCAUGAUUUGGUUUAUGUAAAGAGCUUGCUGGAUUCAUCUGGUCCUAAAGCGACAAUGUCCACAAUAGAUGCUCUCAAGGACAAGUUCAUGAUUUAUAUCUCUGACAGCCGAGUGGAGAUGCAUGAUCUUUUGUAUACGUUUGCCAUGGAAGUUGGUUCAGAAGCUUAUGCUAAGGAUGGAAGAGGAAGACACCGGAUAUGGCACCGUCAGAACAAAAAUAACGGGGACAUGCUCGAUAAGCUACGUAAAAGAAAAGGAGGCGGCACCAGCGUCAGAAGUUUUUUUCUCGACUUGUAUGACAUGAAGAACCAUGUGACCUUAGGAAGGGAUCACCUCAAGAAGAUGCGACAUCUCAGGUAUCUCAAGUUCUACAGUUCUCAUUGUCCUCAGGAGUGUGAGCCUAAGGAAAACAUACACAUCCCUGAUGAACUUGAGCUUCCACUGAAAGAGGUACGAUGUUUGCAUUGGCUAAAUUUCCCAAAAGAUGAACUUCCACAAGAUUUCAUCCCCGAGAAUCUCGUAGACCUUAAGCUACCUUACAGCAAGAUUAAACAGAUCUGGAACGAUGAGAAGGCUGUACCAAAGCUAAGGUGGGUCGAUCUAAAUCACUCAAGUCAGCUGGAUAACUUGUCAGGGCUAUCAAAGGCUCACAAUCUUGAAAGGCUGAACCUUGAAGGCUGCACAGCACUGAAAACGUUACCUCUGGAUAUGCAAAACAUGGAAAGUCUUGUUUUCCUGAACUUGAAAGGGUGCACGUCGCUUGAAUCCAUUCCUGAUAUCAAUUUGAAAUCUCUGAAGAUUCUCAUCCUUAGCAACUGCUCAAGUCUGAAGAAGUUUGUGGUGAUUUCAAAAACUCUCUAUGCUCUAUAUUUGGAUGGCAGUGCAAUAAAGAAACUUCCUACAGACAUGGUGAAGCUAGCAAGACUCGUUAAAUUGAGCAUGAAAGACUGCAAGAAGCUGGCAAAGCUUCCCGAAGGAUUUGACAAGAUGAAAGAUCUUCAAGAACUAGUAUGUUCUGGCUGUUCGAAGCUAAGUAGUCUCCCAGAUGAGAUGAAGAACAUGAAAUGCUUGCAGAUUCUGAUGCUUGAUGGGACAGCAAUAAAGGAGAUUCCUAAUAUAAACUCACUUCAGCGUUUAUGCCUAAGCGGAAAUGAUACAAUCAUUUUACUUCCGGGUUACAUCAGUCUGCUAUCUCAGUUGAAAUGGCUGGACUUGAAGCACUGUAAGAAUCUUUUAUCUAUUCCAGAGCUUCCACCAAAUCUUCAGUGCUUAGAUGCACACGGAUGCGAGUCGCUAAGAACAGUUGCAACUCCACUGGCUACUCAUUUGCCAUCGGAGCAGAUUCACUCCACAUUCAUUUUCACCGACUGCCACAAAUUGGACCGAACUGCAAAGGAAGGAAUCACAACCUACGCUCAACGAAAAUGCCAGUUUCUAUCAGAUGCACUAAAACGCUGCAAUGAGGGUUUUGUUCCAGAGGCUUUGUUCAGCAUUUGCUUUCCAGGUUGUGAAGUGCCCUCAUGGUUUUGCCAUGAAGCAGUUGGAUCUGAGUUAAACCUCAAACUUUCCCCACAUUGGAAUGAAAAUAGGUUUGUCGGAAUAGCUUUAUGUGUAGUUAUCUCCUUUCCAAACGGCCAAGAAGGAAUCAACUCCUUUUCGGUUACAUGCAAGUUUAAGCUGGAAAGUAAAGAUGGGUCGCGGAUCUCCUUCGAUCGCUUGGUUGGAAGUUGGAACAGACAUGGCAAGAAGUCAGACAAGAUGGCAAAUGGCAAGAAACAAGACAAGAAGAUGUCGUCAGAGCAUGUCUUUAUUUGCUAUACAAGAUGCUCAAAUAACAUCAAAUGUCUUGAAGAGCAGUGCUCAGAUGCAUGUACUCCAACUACAACUUCCCUUGAAUUUGGUGUCACAGAUGAGAAAGCUAGAGUCGAAGUGCUCAAAUGCGGCUUAAGAUUAGUGUAUGCAUCUGAUGAACCCCAGAAGACAAACUCAGAUGUUACUGACACAACUUGUGAAGAAAUCGAGUGUCAAAAUUUAACUCCAAUAAGGAAUGGCGAUUACAAUGUAUAGGAAGUGGACGUUUAUUUUCCAAGAGGAUUCAUGUGGAUCAACUGAAUCAAUCUUACAAAGAAUUCCAAUUGGGAGAUAACACCCAAAUGCAAAUCAAUCUGUAGUUGGGUAUCUUUGGACACAACUGGUCAUGUUUCCACUCUGUUGUGUCCUGAAAAUUUUCCACAAGGAAAUAAAUGUUCGAUAAGUAAGAACUUUUUUGAAUCAUCUCGUCU